UCUUGGUGGGAGCUACACCUGCUCCUAUCACAGCAGAUCAGAGCCAUUCGCCGUGUCAUACCCCAGCGACCCCAUGGAGCUGGUGGUGAGAGAUCCCAGCUUACCCAGACCCUCCAUCUCUCUCAGCCCCACUGGGGUCACCACCUCAGGGGCAAACGCCACCAUCCGGUGUCAGGGGCAGCGCCGGGACGUGAGGUUCUUCCUGCACAAGGCUGGAGACCUGAACCAGCAGCGACACACGGACCCUGCUGGGGCCGGGGCCGAGUUCCGCAUCCCCAGCGUGGGCCGGCGGCAUGGAGGGAGCUACAGCUGCAGCUACCGGCCCCGGUCAGAGCCCUUCGUCUCGUCAUACGUCAGCAGCUCUGUGGAGCUGGUGGUAGCAGGGGGAACCGACCUGAUCCAGCCUGGAGCAGUGCUGGAUCCCACCCGCCUGGGCAGCAAAGGGCCAGGCUGCUGGCUGGCUGGGCACAGCGGAGUGUGGGGAACAGGGCGUGAAUACCCCAAACCCACCAUCUGGGUGAGCCCCAGCAGGGUGGUGGCGCUCGGGGGAAGCGUCACCAUCCGCUGUGAGGGUCAGUACCCGGGCAUGGAGUUCGUUCUGCAUAAACCUGGACACUCGAACCCGCAGGGGUGGACGGUGCGUGAUGGGACCGCGGCUGAAUUUCCCAUCCCCAGUGUCGGCCGGGAAGAUGGAGGGAGCUACACCUGCGAAUAUCACUCCAUAACGGAUCAGAAUCGCUGGUCGUAUCUCAGUGACCCCGUCGAGAUCAUUGUAGCAGAGCCCAGCUACCCCAAACCCAGCAUCUCCCUGCUGAGCCCCAGCUGGGGGGUCUCCCUGGGGGCAGCCGUGACUGUCCAGUGUUGCAGCCAGCACCAGGGCCUGCAGUUUGUGCUGAAUAAAGAGGGAAGCCAAGUCCAAAGUGUGAAUUCAGACGAUCUCGCUCUGUUUCACUUCAACAACGUGAGCCGGGAGCACGGCGGGAACUACACCUGCUCCUAUCGCAGCCAAUCGGAGCCGUCUGCUGUGUCGUACCCCAGCGACCCCAUGGAGCUGGUGGUCAGAGAUCCCAGCUUACCCAGACCCUCCAUCUCUCUGAACCUCACUGCCCCACGGGCAGACGCCACCAUCCGGUGUCAGGGGCAGCGCCGGGACGUGAGGUUCUUCCUCUACAAGGCUGGAGACCUGAACCCACAGCGACGCAUGGACCGUGCUGGGGACACGGCCGAGUUCCACAUCCCCACCGUGGGCCGGCAGCACGGAGGGAACUACAGCUGCAGCUACCGGCCCUGGUCAGAGCCCUUCGUCUCCUCAGAGCUCAGUGACCCUGUCAAGAUCAUUGCAACAGCAGAUUUCAGCAACACCAACAUCGCCCGCCUGGGGCUGGGUGCCGGGGUCCUGCUCGUCCUGGGGCUGAUCCUGGCUGAGGCCUACUACAGCCGUCCAAGGGGGGGUACCCUAGGAGCCUGGAUCCGGCCCUACGGAGAAGAAAAUCUCCCUGGGGGAAAAGCUGCUUCCCCUCGGGGCACUGAGACAACAGCUCAAACUCCCCUGCCCCCAAACACCCCUGCCCUGGAGAAUCCCCCCCAAACAGCUCCCAAUCUGACAGCGGCACCCCAGGAUGACCUGGACAUGAGGAUCCAACUCUACAAGGCUGGAGGUGGGAACUAUUUGACUUACACAGACCCUGUUGGCUCUGGGGCUGAAUUUCCCAUCAUCAGCGCCAGACAGGAACACGGGGGCAGCUACACCUGUCGUUAUAUCUACAGAUCAGGAGAAACUGCCUACUCGGAGCCGAGCAACCCUGUGCAGAUCAUUGUAGCAGAUCCCAGCUUACCCAGACCCUCCAUCUCUCUGAGCCCCACUGGGGUCACUGCCCCAGGGGCAGACGUCACCAUCCGGUGUCAGGGGCAGCGCCAGGAUGUGAGGUUCUUCCUGCACAAGGCUGGAGACCUGAACCCGCAGCGACACACGGACCCUGCUGGGGCCGGGGCCGAGUUCCGCAUCCCCACCGUGGGCCGGCAGCACGGAGGGAGCUACAGCUGCAGCUACCGGCCCCGGUCAGAGCCCUUCAUCUCCUCGCUGCCCAGCGACACCGUGCAGCUGGUGGUAGCAGAUGAGAGGCCCAGCUCCAUGUCCCCGCUCCCAGCCCCACACCCAGCCGGGUCAUCCGGGGGCUCUGCACCAAUGGGAUUCUCAGAGCCAGGCUCUGCCCUGGGCCCAGCAGCGGGGAUGCCCGGCCGGGGAGCGGGGACAGAGUCACUGGGGCAUUCCCCAGCCAGGGAGGAGCAGCAGCUGCUGGAGAUUUGCGUUCUUUAUUUGGGGCUCGGUGGAGCUGAGCACUGGGGUGUGGGUGGCAGCGCCGAGGGGCCCCUCACUGCCCUCAUCAUGGCAUCUGCUCUCACCAUCCUCUUCCUCGGCUGCUGGCUGGCCGGACACAGCGGGGUGUGGGGAGCAGGGCGUGAAUACCCCAAACCCACCAUCUGGGUGAGCCCCAGCAGGGUGGUGGCGCUCGGGGGAAGCGUCACCAUCCGCUGUGAGGGUCGGAACCCGGGCAUGGAGUUCGUUCUGCGUAAAGCUGGACACCCAAACCCGCAGGUGUGGACGGUGCGUGAUGGGACCGCGGCUGAAUUUCCCAUCCCCAGUGUCAGCCGGGAAGAUGGAGGGAGCUACACCUGCGAAUAUCACUCCAUAACGGAACAGAGUCGCUGGUCGUAUCUCAGUGACCCCGUCGAGAUCAUUGUAGCAGAGCCCAGCUACCCCAAACCCAGCAUCUCCCUGAGUCCCAGCGGGGGGGUCUCCCUGGGGCGAGCCGUGAGUGUCCGGUGUUGGGGGCAGCACCCGGGCGUACGGUUCGUGCUGAAUAAAGAGGGACGCCAUUUCCCACCUGUGGAUUCGGACGGGUCUGGGGCUGAGUUUCUCAUCAGCCACAUGAGCCGGGAGGACGGCAGGAGCUACAGCUGCUCCUAUCACAGCAGAUCGGAGCCAUUCGCCGUGUCGGACCCCAGCGACCCCGUGGAGCUGGUGGUGAGAGGAGGAACUGAUGCAACCCAGCCUGGAGCUGCACCGGCUCCCACCCACCCAGGCAGCGUGAGGCCAGCAGCAGCCCCCCCGGGGCACCCGGAUUUCACCCACGCCAACAUCGCCCGCCUGGCACUGGGCGCCGCGGUCCUGCUCGUCCUGGGGCUGAUCCUGGCUGAGGCCUAUCACAGCCGCCCAAGGGGGCCGCCAUAGCUGAGGUGACCCCUUUGUCACUUGCCUCUGGAUCCUUUUUCCAGUUUCUCCACAUCCUUUCUAUGGAGCAGUGACUGGAACUGGACACAGCGCUCCCGGCCUGCCCAGCGCCGAGCAGAGCGGUUCUCACUGCCCGGUACUUGCACGCUGCACUUCUGGGAGUGCAGCCGAACGUUGCAUUUGCUUUUGUCUUGCAACAGCAUCGCGUUGCUGACACGUUGAGGGUGCGAUGAUCCACCACAGCUCCCCACUCCAUCUCAGCAGUGCUGCUGCCAACCCAGCUAGCCCCCAUCCUGUGUUUGUGCAUUUGGUUUUUCUUCCCUAAGUGCAGCACCUCCAUUGACUUUCGAACAGCUUGGAAAAGAGACGCCUAAGGGGGGGAUACGAUAGAGGUCUACAAAAUCAUGACUGGUGUGAAGAAACU